AGGAAGUGCCUUCCCGGCGCCCCCUCCCCCGGCCACGCCGCCGCGCGCGCUUGCUCCCUCCCUUCCUGCGCGCGGGGCGGCGAGACGGCGGCGGCGGCCACGACGCACUGGAGGACCCCUCGGCGGAGGCGCAGGUAGCGGCCCUACACAAAGGGAAACUGAGGCACAAGGAGCCCCACAGGCAGUAGGUGGCUGCGGGAAGGAUCCGCUCAGGGAGUCUGGCACCUCAGCACCCACCGAGCCCCGCCCCGCCUCCCAAAAGGUGUCCAGUGAUGAGGCUGUCCAGGCUGUGAGCCGGGGAGGGAAGGCAGUGCUGUGAAGGCUGCCGGCAGCCGGGGCUGGGGAGAGACAUGUGGACACGCAGCUGCCAUGCCUUCUGCCUGCCAGUUCUUCCGCUGGGCCCUCGCCCUGGGGCUGGGCCUCACGCUCCAGGCCAUACAUGCCUUCCGAUCUCAAGGUGAGUUCCUGUCCAGUCUGGAAAGUUAUGAGAUCGCCUUCCCUGCCCGAGUGGACCACAACGGGGCACUGCUGGCCUUCUCAGCGCCUGCACCCUCCCGGAGGCGACGGCGAGGUGCCGGGACCACAGCUGAGGCCCGCCUGUACUACAAGGUGUCCUCGCCCAGCACCCACUUCCUGCUGAACCUGACCCACAGCCCCCAUCUGCUGGCGGGGCACGUUUCCGUGGAGUACUGGACACGGGAGGGCCUGGCCUGGCAGAGGGCCGCCAGGCCUCACUGCCUCUACGCUGGACACCUGCAGGGGCAGGCCGGCAGCUCCCAUGUGGCCAUCAGUACCUGUGGGGGCCUGCAUGGCCUGAUUGUGGCUGAUGAAGAAGAAUAUCUAAUUGAGCCCCUGCAGGGCGGGUCCAAGGGCCCCCGGAGCCCCGAAGAAAGUGGCCCCCACGUGGUGUACAAGCGCUCCUCCUUGCGCCACCCCCACCUGGACACAGCCUGUGGAGUCAGAGACGAGAAGCCGUGGAAGGGGCGACCCUGGUGGCUGCGCAGCCUGAAGCCACCGCCUGCCCGGCCCCCGGGGAACGAGACGGAGAGAGGCCAGCCGGGUCUGAAACGUUCCGUGAGCCGGGAACGCUACGUGGAGACGCUGGUGGUGGCCGACAGGAUGAUGGUGGCCUACCACGGGCGCCGCGACGUGGAACAGUACGUGCUGGCCAUCAUGAGCAUUGUUGCCAAACUUUUCCAGGACUCAAGUCUGGGAAGCACCAUAAACAUCCUGGUCACGCGCCUCAUCCUGCUCACAGAGGACCAGCCCACCCUGGAGAUCACCCACCACGCCGGCAAGUCCCUGGACAGCUUCUGUAAGUGGCAGAAAUCCAUCGUGAACCGCAGCGGCCAUGGCAACGCCAUCCCAGAGAGCGGCGUAGCCAAUCAUGACACUGCCGUGCUCAUUACGCGAUAUGACAUCUGCAUCUAUAAGAACAAGCCCUGUGGCACGCUAGGCCUGGCUCCCGUGGGCGGGAUGUGCGAACGGGAGAGAAGCUGCAGCAUCAACGAGGACAUCGGGCUGGCCACGGCCUUCACCAUCGCCCAUGAGAUCGGACACACAUUUGGCAUGAACCACGACGGUGUGGGAAACAGCUGCGGGGCCCGCGGCCAGGACCCAGCCAAGCUGAUGGCUGCGCACAUCACCAUGAAGACCAACCCGUUCGUGUGGUCUUCGUGUAGCCGCGACUAUAUCACCAGCUUUCUGGACUCGGGCCUGGGGCUCUGCCUCAACAACCGGCCUCCCAGACAGGAGUUCGUGUACCCGACGGUGGCGCCCGGCCAGGCCUACGACGCCGACGAGCAGUGCCGGUUCCAGCAUGGCGUCAAAUCGCGUCAGUGUAAAUACGGGGAGGUGUGCAGCGAGCUGUGGUGUCUGAGCAAGAGUAACAGGUGCAUCACCAACAGCAUCCCGGCCGCCGAGGGCACGCUGUGUCAGACGCACACCAUCGACAAGGGAUGGUGCUACAAGCGGGUGUGCGUCCCUUUCGGGUCUCGGCCAGAGGGCGUGGACGGGGCCUGGGGUCCGUGGACCCCCUGGGGCGACUGCAGCCGGACGUGCGGUGGUGGCGUCUCCUCUUCCAGCCGUCACUGUGACAGCCCCAGGCCAACCAUCGGGGGCAAGUAUUGCCUGGGUGAGAGAAGACGACAUCGUUCUUGCAAUACUGAUGACUGUCCCCCGGGUUCCCAGGACUUCCGGGAAAUGCAGUGCUCCGAGUUUGACAGCAUCCCUUUCCGUGGGAAAUUCUACACGUGGAAGACCUACCGAGGGGGGGGCGUGAAGGCCUGCUCGCUCACGUGCCUCGCAGAAGGCUUCAACUUCUACACGGAGAGGGCAGCGGCCGUGGUGGACGGGACGCCCUGCCGGCCGGACACAGUGGACAUCUGCGUGAGCGGCGAAUGCAAGCACGUGGGCUGUGACCGGGUCCUGGGCUCCGACCUGCGCGAGGACAAAUGCCGCGUGUGCGGGGGCGACGGCAGCGCCUGCGAGACCAUCGAGGGCGUGUUCAGCACGGCCGCCCCGGGGGCCGGGUAUGAGGACGUCGUGUGGAUCCCCAAAGGCUCCGUCCACAUCUUCAUCCAGGACCUAAACCUGUCCCUCAGUCACCUGGCCCUAAAGGGGGACCAGGAAUCCCUGCUGCUGGAGGGGCUGCCUGGGACCCCCCAGCCUCACCGCCUGCCGCUGGCGGGGACCACCUUUCAGUUGCGGCAGGGCCCCGGCCACACUCAGAGCCUGGAAGCCCUGGGACCCAUCAACGCGUCUCUCAUCGUCAUGGUGCUAGCCCGGACGGAGCUGCCCGCCCUGCGCUACCGCUUCAACGCGCCCAUCUCCCGCGACGCCCUUCCGCCCUACUCCUGGCACUACGCGCCCUGGACCAAGUGCUCUGCGCAGUGCGCCGGCGGCAGCCAGGUGCAGGCCGUGGAAUGCCGCAACCAGCUGGACAGCUCGGCCGUGGCCCCGCACCACUGCAGCGCCCACAGCAAGCUGCCCAAGAGGCAGCGCGCCUGCAACACGGAGCCCUGCCCGCCCGACUGGGUCGUGGGGAACUGGUCACGCUGCAGCCGCAGCUGCGAUGCGGGAGUGCGCAGCCGCUCCGUCGUGUGCCAGCGCCGCGUGUCCGCCGCCGAGGAGAAGGCGCUGGACGAUAGCGCCUGCCCGCAGCCACGCCCGCCGGUGCUGGAGGCCUGCCAGGGACCCGCGUGCCCACCCGAGUGGGUGGCCCUCGACUGGUCGGAGUGCACCCCCAGCUGCGGGCCUGGCCUCCGCCAUCGUGUUGUCCUCUGCAAGAGCGCUGACCACCGGGCCACAUUACCCCCCACGCAAUGCCCGCCCACCUCCAAACCACCGGCCACCAUGCGCUGCAACCUGCGGCGCUGCCCACCUGCCCGCUGGGUGACGGGCGAGUGGGGGGAGUGCUCGGUGCAGUGCGGCUUCGGGCAGCAGCAGCGCUCCGUGCACUGCAGCGGCCACACCGGGCAGCCCUCCCACGAGUGCCCCGAGGCUAUACGGCCACCUGCCACACAGCAAUGCGAGGCCAAGUGCGAGAGCCCGCCGCCUCCGGGGGACGGCCCUGAAGAGUGCAAGGACGUGAACAAGGUGGCCUACUGCCCCCUGGUGCUCAAAUUCCAAUUCUGCAGCCGAGCCUACUUCCGCCAGAUGUGUUGCAAGACAUGCCAGGGCCGCUAGGCGGGCGUGGGGCACCCAGAGCCACAUCUGGGGCGACUCCCCAGCUGCCCCCCUGGGUGGCCCAGCCUGCAGGGGGGAGCCCCAGGGGCCGUGGAGGAACUGGCUGUGGAGGAAAUUAUUUAUUGGGACUCCCCUGC